CAACAAAUUUGCGAGUCAAAGGGAGAUUAAACGCACAACGACCGAGUUGAUGCAAGUUCAUCAGAGAGAAGGGAAUCUUUGAGGGACUACAUGCAGCGAUUCAACAAAGUUACUUUAGACAUUGAUAACGUCCCCGAUACCAUCUGCUUGUCUGCCUUGCUGCAUGGUUUGAAGUGUGAUCGGUUCCUAGACGACCUACUAGAAAACCCACCGAAGACGUGGAACGAAGAGAAUAACAGGUCGGCUAGCUUUAUACUGUCAGAAGACUUCCAAUCGUCCAAGCGACGAGCUGACGAUAAGUCUCAAAUUCUGGCACAAAUCCAGUACUGGAUUAGAAGACCCCCACCCCUACUGCAUGAUUCCCCUAGAGCAAACAAGAGUAAGCAUUGUGACUACCAUCGUGCAUACGGUCACAAUACAAAAGAUUGCCAACACUUAAAGGACGAGCUGGAGUUCUUAGCUUGUAAUGAAAAAUUAGAAGGAUAUGUCCAGAAGUCUCAUACCCAGCAACCAACUCAAACUCACUUUGUACAGGGAGCGUACAGGGGUCGCCAGUUCAAUAGGCGAGGCCAAGGACAGAGAACUACCACCCAGAACCAAAAAUACAGGAAAUGGGUAGGCUAUGCUGGGAUACCCCCGCCCUCUGGUACAAUAAACAUGAUCUCGGGUGGUAUUUACUUAGGAGGCCAAAGCGCCCAAGGUCGCAAAGCAUAUGCCCGCCAGGUGAUGACUGUUAAUAAGAACAUGCCCUUAAAGCGCCCAUUUGAAGAAGUAGAAUGGGAAAAUACACCCAUCACAUUCAGCCCGGCAGACUACAAGCGAGCAGACAGAGAGCCCGACGUUAUGAUGCCUCAUGCAGAUCCUUUUGUGGCAACGGUCCACAUAGGCAAUCAUAACAUCAACAAGCUGAAUCCGAGCUUGCUGCAGAAACACGAGAGGCCCAUCUAUGAGUUUGAUAAUCAACCCAUCCCAGUUGAGGGGGUAAUUACUUUUCCCAUCUAUGUGGGCUCGGAACCAUGCUUCAGGAUGACUUCUAUUAGCUUUCUGGUCGUCAAGAUGGAAUCAGCUUUCAAUGCCAUAUUGGGAAAGGCCACCCUCUGCGAGCUGAAGGCCGUCAUCUCGCAACCUUAUCUUUACAUGAAGUUCCCAACUCCUCAGGGGGUAGGAGUGCUUAAGGGGAACCAAAAGAUGGCAAGAGCCUGUUAUCAAGAUACUUUCAAGAAGCAGACAAUGAGCAUACCAGAUAUUGAGCACCGACCUGAGGGUGUCAAGCAGAAGGCUGAGCCGGUAGAACCAGUGGAAGCAGUCCCUUUAAACCAUGAUGUGCCUAAAAGAACAGUUAAGAUCGGCACCAAGCUCACAGAAGAAGAGCGAGCAAAGCUUUUGGAGUUUUUGAGGGUUAACCAGGAUGUGUUUGCGUGGACAACGGAUGAAAUGCUGGGCAUCCCAACAGAGUUGAUAGUCCACAAGCUCAGCACGGACCCCACCAAAAGGUUGGUGGCAGGCUUCAUCAAGAGAGCUGAAUACUCUGAGUGGGUGUCCAACCCUGUGCUCGUCAAAAAACCAAACGGCAAGUGGAGGAUGUAUAUUGAUUUCACUAACUUAAAUGAGGCGUGUCCGAAAGACCCUCAUCCCUUGCCAAAUGUUAAAAAGUUAGUAGAGCGAGCAGCGGGACAUGAGCGGAUGAGCUUCCUUGAUGCCAGCUCGGGUUAUCACCAGGUUCAACUGCUGUUGGACGACCAAGAGAAAAUAGCUUUCUAUGCUGGUGACACAAUCUACUACUAUGUCAUGAUGCCAUUUGGCCUGAAAAAUGCUGGCGCGACAUAUCAGAAGCUGAUGGAGCCUCCCAAGACCGUUAAAGAUGUCCAGUGUCUGACAGGCCUUGUGGCCGCGUUGCACAAGUUCAUAGCUAGUGUCAGCACCCCUAUUGUCCAAGCCCAUGGAGGGAGAGAGUUUAUACUUGUAUCUGGGGGUUACAGAGGAGGUUCUCGUAAGUUGAGAGCUUACUUCCAAUCACAUCAAAUUGGUGUCUACACCGAUCUGCCGUUGAAGAAGAUACUGCAGAAGCCGAAACUCUCAGGUCGGCUUAUCGGGUGGAGCGUCGAGCUGAGUGAGUAUGAUAUCAAAUUUCAACAGCGCACAACCAUAAAAGGCCAGGCUGUGGCGGACUUUCUAAUGGAGUGCCUCUCGGCGACGGUGGAAGAGAAGGCACCCGAACACCCAGUCUGGGUCUUGUGUGUAGAUGGAGCUGCUAGCAUUGAAGGAUCGGGUGCUAGGGCUAUGUUAGCCCCCAUUUAUGGCUUGAAGUUGGCAUCCGAGCUGAAAGUGCAGAGCAUUAAGGUGUUCAAUGAUUCUCAGCUCGUGGUGGGCCAAGUGAAUGGCAACUGUGAAAUCAUGGAUCCUCAGCUUGGUCGUUAUGCCUCUGUGAACUAUGUCAAAAAGUACACAACCUGCCAGUUCAAUGCUGAUGAUCUUCACAUGCCAGGAGAAAUGCUCUCAUCACUCUCAUCUCCCUUGCCUUUUGCUCAAUUGGGAGUAGAUCUGCUCGGCCCUUUUGUGAAAGGUAAAGGAGGUUGCACAUACCUAAUUGUCGCGGUGGAUUACUUCACAAAAUGGAUAGAGGCCAAACCGUUGUCCACAACAACAGAGAAGAAAAUAGAAGAAUUCCUGUUCAAUUCAAUAUUAUGCAGGUCGUUCUGUAACGACUAUGGCAUUGAGCUCACCUUGACAUCUGUGUAUACUCCACAGUCCAAUGGACAAGCCGAGUCAGCCAAUAAAAUCGUCUUGCGAGGCCUCAAGACGCGUAUUUUAGCUGCGCAUUCUAAUUGGGUUGACGAGCUCAAUAAAGUGCUUUGGUCAUGUUGCACUACACCCAACUCGACCACAGGCGAAACCCCAUUCAACCUUGCCUAUGGAGCUGAGGUCAUCAUCCCUAUAAAGGUUGGAUUGCCAUCUGAUAGAGCAGAUCGGCACAACGAUCCUAACAAUGAGCAACUUUGAAGAGAGAACCUAGACCUUGUGGAAGAGGUCAAGGAGAUGUCUCGAAUAAAAAACAUGGCGCAUCAAAGUUGUGUGGCAAAGUUUUAUAAUAAAAGAGUUCGAGCUCG